AUGUUUCAAGGUGGGAACCGUGCAUUGGACAACACAUUCGGGCACCGCGAGUCUGGACUUAUCUCCAAUCCCUUCCCACACCAGAAGCAGAACACAGCGAGUACGAGAAGCUCGGAUAGCAACUAUUCCGUCCGAGCUCGACCGUUGCACCCCGGACACCGUGUUGAUAAAGCCUACAUUCUGGCACCUGCGGGCGUGUCUCCUCGCGGUGUGGCACAGAGAGACCGGGCAACGAGGCAGCCUCGAGGAGAGGGCGACCCCAUUUCAACAAGCUUAGUGGAGCUUCCACGCUUACAAGAAGGGGUGGAGGAUCCCACAGACCGCCCCGUUGAGGGCAAAAUCUGUCAGAAAGACGCCAGCCAGACGGAAGCGUCGUCGACCUCGUCUCCCAGUCAUUUGGAAGCCAGUCGUCGCGGGAGGAGUGCGAGCCCGUACAACGACGACCUCCGGCCUCCCCCGGCGAUGCAAACCGGGAAAAGCCUCCAGACGCAUUGUGCUGAGGAGAUAACUGGCAGUCAGAGCAGCAGCGGAGGCGGCAGCAGUCAUCUCGCCUCGCCUCUUUCGUCGCCCAACCGACGUCGCUUGCUCCUCCUCCGACAGAGUCGAGCCCGCUCCCACCAAGACGCCUGCCCGUCGACACGAAGCGCGAUGGGUAUGACCAGCGAGGGCGACGAAGGGCAAGAUGAAAUACUUUUUCAUCCACACGGGAAACAAACAGAAAACACUCCUUUUUUCAGACUUCAGUCGCCCAAAGAAGUGCAGGCCGGCUUCUACAUCUUCCUCUUGACCGGGAUCUGCGCCGUUUCCUCCCUCCUCUUUGGCUACGACACGGGCGUUGUCUCCGGCGCCUUGCUUUCCAUCCGGAACGACUUGCAACUCUCGGAAUGGGAGCAGGAGCUCAUCGUGAGCAUCACCACCAUCGGGGCAGUCGUCGGGUCCUUAUCGGGAGGUUUCUUGACCGAGCGAGCCGGCCGUCGGCCCGUAAUCCUCCUCUCCUCUGUUAUCUUCACACUGGGCGCCGUGGUGAUGGGGGCAGCGCCUUCGUUUUUCCUCCUGACCUUGGGGCGGGCUGUGAUCGGUCUCGCCAUCGGGUUUUCCAGCAUGACCGUGCCCGUCUACAUUGCCGAGGCCGCUCCUUCCUCCAUCCGCGGCCGGCUGGUGACCAUCAAUUGCAUUUUCAUCACGGGGGGGCAGUUUGUGGCGGGGAUGGUGGACGGCGGCUUUGCGGAGGUUCCGGGCGGGUGGCGGUACAUGCUGGGCGUGGCGGCCAUCCCCGCUGCCCUGCAGUUCAUCGGGGUCCUCUACCUCCCCGAGUCUCCCCGGUGGCUGGUGGCGCGAGGGCGCGUCAACGAUGCCAAAGGGGUCUUGGAGAGGCUUCGGGCGUCGGAGGAUAUCGCCUUCGAGCUCGCAGAAAUCGAGGAAGACGUGGCGGCGACGGCGUCUUUGCCACGGGCACGGAUGCGAGACCUGUGCACCUCCCCACCCAUCCGGCGGGCAGUGACCCUCGGAUGCGGCUUGAUGCUGCUGCAACAGCUCUCGGGCAUCAACACGGUGAUGUACUAUUCGGCCUCUAUAUACAAUAUGGCCGGGUUCUCCGACACCACGUCCAUCUGGCUGGCGGGGUUCACGGCCUUGGCCCAGUUCGUGGGCAUGCUCACGAACAUGAGCCUGGUGGAGAGGUGGGGCCGUCGCACCCUGGUGCUGACCUCGCUGAGCCUGGUGACCUUGUCGUUGGUGGUGAUAGGCGCGAGUUUUUACCUGGCCAUGGCCUCGUCGCAGCCGGUCGGCGUGGUGGAUCCGUCAUGCGCGCGCGUCCACAAUGUCUUUGUCGGCUCCUUCCCCGUGACUACGUGUUUCCAGUGCGUCGAGAGCGCAUCUUGCGGCUUUUGUCCUGCCUUGGGGGCCUGCCUGCCGGGAAACAAGACGAUGGACAGUUUGGGCACCUGUCCCGUGGGGGACGGAACGGGUGUGGCAGGUCCCUGGGCGUACACGGUGUGCGAGAACCCGUAUGGGUACAUGAGCGUGGCGAGCAUGGUGCUUUACCUCUUCACGUUCGGACUGGGAAUGGGAGCAAUGCCCUGGACGAUCUGCGCCGAGAUUUUCCCUUUGCAUGUCCGCUCCUUGGCGAACAGUUUGACGACGAGCGUGAACUGGCUCGGGAACGUGAUCAUUUCUGCCACUUUUCUGACAAUCGCCAGCCCCCACGUUUUGACGCAAUACGGGGCCUUUUGGAUGUACGCCGUGAUUGCCCUCUCGGGGCUGAUCGGACUGGCCUUCACUUUGCCGGAGACCAAAGGCGUGCCGUUGGAGGAGAUUGAGGCCCUCUUUAUCAAGCCAGGGGAUCGGAUACGAGGGAUGGACGAGGUGGAGGAAGGGGUGCUCAGAGGGCGGAGCCGGGACUGGGGGGAAGAGGAGGGGGCGUCGCGGGUCACAGACUCGCCGUCGUCCAGCUCGCCAUCCUCGGGGCCCAGAGAGAGUCACCGACAUGCGGCAAGAAGCACGCCCGGUGGCGAUGGGAAAAGACACGGGGGAGGCGAGCUUUUGUCCUAUCAUAUGGGCUGA